AUGUCUGCUGCCCAACUCCUCAACCCCAAGGCCGAGUCCCGCAGGAGGGGCGAAGCUCUUAAGGUCAACAUCAGUGCGGGCGAGGGCCUUCAGGAUGUCCUCAAAUCCAACCUGGGCCCUCUGGGCACCAUCAAGAUGCUUGUCGAUGGCGCCGGCCAGAUCAAGCUCACAAAGGAUGGCAACAUUCUCCUCCGCGAAAUGCAAAUACAGAACCCAACGGCCGUCAUGAUUGCUCGCGCUGCCACCGCGCAGGACGACAUUUGCGGUGACGGCACUACCUCAGUCGUGCUGCUCGUCGGUGAGCUGCUCAAGCAGGCCAACCGCUUCAUCUCCGAGGGUCUGCACCCCCGCGUCAUCACCGACGGCUUCGAGAUUGCCAAGGUCGAGGCUCUUAAGUUCCUCGACGAGUUCAAGCUCCCUAAAGACAUCGACAGAGAACUUCUGCUCAAUGUCGCUCGCACAUCGCUCUCCACGAAGCUCAACGCGACCUUGGCCGCGAAGCUUACCCCCGACAUCGUCGACGCCGUCCUCACCAUUUAUGAGGAAGGCGCCAAACCCGACCUGCACAUGGUUGAGAUCAUGAAGAUGCAGCACCGCAUGGCUGCCGAUACCCAGCUGAUCAAGGGCCUCGCCCUGGACCACGGUGCCCGACACCCCGACAUGCCCAAGCGUCUGGAGAACUGCUUCAUCCUGACCCUCAACGUCAGCCUCGAGUACGAAAAGACCGAAAUCAACUCGAGCUUCUUCUACUCCAGCGCCGAGCAGCGUGACAAGCUUGUCGAGAGCGAGAGACGCUUCGUUGAUGCCAAGCUCAAGAGAAUCGUGGAGCUGAAGAAGGAGGUUUGCGGCAACGAUGGAAAGAAGAACUUUGUCGUCAUUAACCAAAAGGGAAUCGACCCGUUGUCGCUUGAUGUCCUGGCUAAGAACGGCAUCCUGGCUCUGCGCCGUGCUAAGCGCCGUAACAUGGAGCGUCUGCAGCUCAUCUGUGGUGGUGUUGCACAGAACAGUGUCGAGGAUAUGACUGAGGAGUGCCUUGGAUGGGCUGGCCUGGUUUACGAGCAGACCCUGGGAGAGGAAAAGUACACCUUUGUCGAAGAGGUCAAGGACCCCAAGUCUGUCACCCUGCUCAUCAAGGGCCCCAACCAGCACACAAUCGCUCAGGUCAACGACGCUGUGCGUGACGGCCUGCGCAGUGUCUACAACACCAUUGUCGAUAAGAGCGUUGUUCCAGGUGCUGGUGCCUUCCAGGUUGCCUGCGCCGCUCACCUGCGCAGCGAUGCUUUCGAGAAGACGGUCAAGGGCAAGGCUAAGUUCGGUGUUGAGGCUUUUGCUAAUGCUCUUCUCAUCAUUCCCAAGACCCUUGCUGCCAACGCCGGCCAUGACGUACAAGAUGCCAUUGCAACCCUGCAAGACGGCGUCAACGAUGGUGACGUUGUCGGUCUGAACCUGGAGACCGGAGAGCCCAUGGACCCAGAGCUCGAGGGAGUCUUUGACUCGUUUCGUGUUCUCCGCAACUGCAUGGCCUCCAGUGCCAGCAUUGCCUCAAAUUUGUUGCUGUGCGAUGAGCUGCUCAAGGCCCGAGAGAUGAGCAGACCAGCCGGUCCUGGCCCUGGUGCAGGCGAUGAGUAA